AUGGAAAUUGAAGAUUUUAUUAGACAAAGUAUUGAUGAAGGCGAUCUUAUUGAAGCCAUUAGCGAUGCAUUACCGGGUUAUUUUGAAGCUGGAAUUUCACCUGAAGUAUGUGCGUUAUUAUUUCAACCCUUAGUAGUUCAUGCGCUUAAAAGUGCGCAAUUAGAUCAAAGCAUAGCUAUAUAUAGUAGAGUCAUGGCAGACAUUUAUGCAUAUAUUAUUACCAAAGAUGUCACAAAUAAUAGAUCCAUAUUUCAAGAAUCUAUUCAAUUAAUAAAAGAUAUUAUGGAUGUUCAGCGUAAAAAAACAAUUCAAACAAAUUAUGAAUUUGAUUUGCAGAAACUUGAAAUGAAAGAAUUAUUGAAUUUAGUGGCUAUUAGUGUUAAUACUUGUUCUUUAAUUUUAUCAACUGAAGAAUAUCCAGAAUUUGAUUCUUAUUUAUAUAUUUUAUGGGAUAAUUUGUCUAAUAUCUUGAAGUUCACUCUAUUUGAAAUAAAUGAUACCACAAUAAUUAUAAUCAAAGCUGUAGCAGGCAUUUCUAAAAUAUGUAUUAGUGAAUGCUUAACUGAAACAGAUGAACUAACAAUUUCCAACUUACUUGCAAGUAUUUUGCGUGUCAUGAAUCAUCAAAAUAUAUUAGAAGAUUUAUUAGUUGAUCUAAGCAAUACAGUUUCACAUAUUAUUCAAUCUUAUCCCGACCUGACUAUCCAUGAUACAUCCUAUUUGGCCUUAUUAACUAAUUUGUAUUCACAAAAGAUAAAAAAAAAUCCCGAUCUAGUCAAGAUAAGAGCUAUAUUAAACUUAUCGUGCUUGUUAGUUCAGAAUUAUACAAAAGCACCUUGGAUUCCGGAUAUUUUACUUUUAGUGAAUGAAAUAGAAAGAGACCAGGAAGUUCAAUCCAUUAAUAUAUUAAAAGAAAAAUAUACUCUACUUUUAAAAGAGAUAGAAGAACCAGAUGAUCUAACUAAUCAUUUAGAGGCAAUGGAUAUUGAUGACGAGCUAUCAAUGUAUUUAUCUCAGAAUUUAAUGGUAACAUCUGAUGAGACUCAUAAAGUACUUUUAAGUAAGGUGAAGGAUAUUAUAUAUGAAUUAACAAGCCAGAACCAAGAUAGUAACCGUAGUCGAAUUUUAUUAUCUCAAUUAAGAGAUAUUUCUAUCUAUACGCGAACAAUUGAUAUGUCGGUUAUUUGUAAAGCUUAUAUGAAAGACAUUGUACAGUUUGUAACUCGUAUGCUUGUAAUUGACCCUGCUCUUACAGAAAAUGUAACACAGCUUUUCGGCUAUCAAAUUCCUAACUUUCUUUCCACUUAUUUGAAUAUUGCUCUCCCGUUUGCUGUUGCUUAUACAGAAGAUGAUGAUGCUCUUUCCGGUAUUGCUGCUUCAUUAGAGCUAUCCAUUCUUAGCCUUUGUAAGAGUGGUGCUCACUAUAUUCUUGUCUCUUUGUUAAUGGAAAAGGAUGCAAACAUUAAAGCUUAUGGUUACAAACGUUUGCAGACUAUCUUUGCAAACAAAUCGAUUGUAAAAACUUUAAUAAGCGAAAACUUAACCAAAAUAACAACUACACUUGCCAUGAGUCUUGGUGUCCCAGGUUUACAGGAAUCUUCAAUGAAUGCAUUAAACGAAUUAAAGACACUGACGGGAAAUACAAAAGAAAAUUUGUCUGAUUAUCUGUCUUCUUACUUCAUUGCCAUAUUAGAAAGAGUUUCACGAUUUAUUUCAGAGAAAAGAAACCAGGUUCUAAAAAUUCAGGACCCUUAUGCACUCGAAGCACUUUCGGUAAUUAUGUCCUUAUUAGACUCAAAUAUUAGCAACCAUACACUCCAUUUAAUGAAAGUAUUCCACACUUUAAAGGAACUGCCAAAUAUGCAAUUUCAAGUUUGUUCUCUAUGGGAAAAAUUUAUUUCACUUUUAGAUACUGAUACUAUCCUGUCUCAUGUAAAUGGAAUUGUUAAAAAUUUAAUUGAUAUAAUGCCUAUAGCAACAAAAGAAAUUCGAGUCACCAUUGCAAAAUUAUUAUACAAUUUAUUGGUAGAAAAAAAUAAUUUGGAACCAGGACAUUAUACGAAUUUGCCAAUACUUCCAGAUUACGAAGAGUUUCAGGAAUUAAAAGAAUAUAUUGCUUCUAAUAAGCAAACAAAGAAGCCGUCUAAUUAUGAGUUUAAACAAAUUAUUGCAACAUUUUCUAAUGCGAAUUCAGAUGAUGUUCAAGUUCUUUUAGGAUUGCAACGAUUAAGAAUAUUACUCGAAAACUAUCCUGAAUGUGAGGUUUAUCGUAAUCAAAUCUUCUCAAAUCUAUUUUAUUUAUUACGCAAAUAUGCUAGUCAUAAACAAAUAACAUAUCUUGCAGCCUUGUGUCUUGGUAAAUUAGGUGCUGUUGAUCCUAGUACCGUUAAUAUGCCUAUUAUAGAAGACACCGUCUUUAUUAUGAAUAAUUUCCAUCGUCAGGAUGAAAAUCUAGACUUUAUAAGUGAUCUUAUUAUCAAUCAUAUCUAUCCAGCUUAUAAUGCUAUAAAUGAUGAACAAGUACGAAAGUGCACGGAAUUCACAAUACAAACCUUAUUGCAUCAAGCUGGUUAUCAUCCAGUUCAUGAGAUGAAGAAGAGACCUUCAUUGAUUGCUAUCUUUCAUCAUUGGCGCAGGUUACCGACCUCUAUUCAAGAAUUUUUAACCCCAUUUUUACAAUCUGCUUAUCAAGGUACAUGGUCAGAACAUGCUAGUAAAUAUCCUAUUUUCCCUAAUGCGAAAAGCUUUGAGGAAUGGGCUCAAGACUGGUAUUGUGUAAUGGCCAACAGUGCGCAUGAUACAGCGAAACAGAUAUUUGCUGCCUGUAUUCCAAUUGUUCGAUCAAGUAUUCUUGAAGUUACAUUACAUCUGUUACCUUAUCUUGUACUGCAUCUCCUUUUAUCUGGUACGCCCUCUGAUAUCCGUCAUAUUGUAGAUGAACUUAUGAUUGUCUUUAGUAUGAAUUCAAAACCUCAUGGUAAUCAUUCUAGUCAAGAUAAGAUGAACGUUUACUCGCUUCAAGUUGCUGUAGCUGUAACGGAAUAUUGUCGAAAGUGGCUAAAUCGGGUUGGCCCUUAUGAUGCAGAGAAACGUAAUCAAGUGAGUCGUGUGAAUUCUUUCUUGGAGCUAAUACCAAAUAAAGUGAUGGGUAUUGCUGCAUUCUAUACUAAAGCUUACCCACAAGCAUUAAUGGAAUUCGAAACACACUUUAAGAAACAAAAGACGAAAAUUGUAGGAGAUCAUGAGAUGCUUGAUUAUUUGCGUCAAAUCUAUAUUCAAAUUGAUGAUCCUGUUGAUUUACAAGCUUUAAUGGAUAUGUAUACCUCUGUUUUAAGUCGAGAUGAAGAGAUUACAAGAUUUGAGGCUUUAGGUAAAUGGGAUGAAGCCGAAGCUCUGUAUAAGAGUAAAAUAUCCGACAAUCCUUAUGAAUUGGCACCCUAUAUUGGUUAUAUGGAGUGUUUAAGAAAAUGCAAUAAUUAUGAAAAAUUAUUAUAUGUCACUGAAAAGGUAUUCAAAGAUAUUCCAAAAUGGUCACCACAGAUUAAUUCUUUUCGAAUUGAUUCUGCCUGGAGAGUACAGGAUUGGGAUACCUUAGAGACUGCAGUAAACCAACCUAUGGAACGAAAUUCGCAAGCUCUAAUCGGCUGUAUAUUAAGUAAGAUGCUUCAGAAACAAAAUCUUGAAGCAGCUAGUUUGAUAGAAGAGGCAAGACAUAAUAUUAUAGAACAAUUAACCAUGAGUAAUACAUCAAAAUCAUACCGAAAGUCCUAUCCAUUACUUUUCUCUCUUCAAUUACUUCAAGAACUAGAAGAUUCCCAGAAAGUCUGGGACUCAGAUAAGCCUUUUGAAUAUUUAGAAUGGCUUGAUGGAGUAUGGAAAUCGAGCUCUAGACGAGUUAGACCUCGAACGCAGUAUAAUCUUCAUUUAUUAGAAUUAAGAAAAACAGCAUUUUAUGAUAUAAGGCUUGAAAACAAAGAUAAAGCAAUUGGAUCAAAAUUAUGGUUAAAUCUCGCAAAGGCAGAUCGAAAAAUGGGGAACAUGGCAGCCUCUUUCAACGCUAUAUUGCAAGCAGAAAAAUUAAGUGACGGGAGUCUUCAUCGUGAAAGAGCCAAAUGGUACUGGAAGAAUGGCAAUAUUGAAAAGGCUAUCAAUAUUCUUCUUUCUAAAGCACAAGUUUCAAAAAAGUGCGAAGACAUCUCAAAGUUAAGUCCAGAGGAUAUUUUAUUAUGGACAGAUAUUGCUCGCGAAAAACCAUCAGUUUUACCCUUCUUCAAAUCUAGAGCCAUAUUUGCUAUUUUGUAUAGCUCUAAUGCAUCCAUUAGGUUAGAGAAAGCAAAUUACAACGUUUGUGCAUAUUAUUCUCAUCACGCUUCUGAAACUUCUGGAAAUAGUGAAUCCAAAUUAAAAAUACAAAUAUAUGUAAUUAAAACCGCAGCAAGGGCUUUAGAGACUGGUUCAAAAUAUUAUUAUAUAUCUAUGUCCAAUAUGAUCAAUACUUAUUUGGAUGUAGUAAAACAAACCCUAUUAGCUAAUUCUAGCAAAUCCACCUAUAUAAAAAAUGUAUUAAAGAUUUAUGCACCUAAAGUCGAUCAGGCUUUUAAAAAGGCUAUUGACGAUAUUCCUGCCUAUCAAUUUAGUUUAUUUUUAACUAGAUUAAUUUCACAUCUUUCAAUUGACCUUACUCAACCUGCGGAAUUGAUACAGAAUUUAAUCUCAAAAGUUUUUGAAGCAUAUCCUAGAAAUACAAUUUGGCAUAUGUUGAGCGCAAUUGACUCAGAAUCUCGUAAUGUUUCUCGUAGAAUGAAUGUUAUCUUUGAUAAAGCAAAGCAAGCUAUUGCGUUAAAAAACGCAUUAGACAUCUUAUCAGAGCUUAAAACUGAUAAGACAAUGGCAGGGCAAUUAAGCUUAUCACAAAUGGAUAACCCAUUACUAAAGCUAAAAGAUCUUGAGCUGUACAUGCCAAAUGAGGCUUGCUUAAUUCCAAAGCUACCAGAAAUUAUCAGGAAAGGCGCUAAAAAUGAAGUAUUUGCAAAUGAUUCACCUACUAUUCGCAGCUUUGGAAACAAAAUAACGGUUAUGAAGUCGCUACAAAAACCUAAGAAAAUUACAGUUUACGGUUCAGAUGGGCAAACAUAUGCAUUUCUUUUAAAACGUGAAGAUGAUUUACGUAAAGAUGCUCGAACAAUGGAGUUUAAUUAUAUGAUUAAUAGCUUUAUGAAAAGAGACCCUGAAUCGAGAGACAAAGGAUUAUAUAUUCGAACCUAUGCCGUUGUCCCUUUGGGAACUCGUUGGGGUUUAAUAGAAUGGAUUAAUGAUCUUAAUUCAUUAAAGAAUAUUGUAAAUGAUAUUUGGGAAUCCCAAGGUCUACCUUCUGUAACAAGCAUUUCAAUCAAAUUAACAAACGCUAAAUUAAGUCUUGGAGCAGAAAAAGUUCGAUAUUUUGUUGAAAAAGUCUUACCGAUGUGUCCUCCAGUUUUUUAUAAAUGGUUUUUGAAAAAUUUUCCCGAGCCAAAUUAUUGGCUUGCUAGUAGAACUAGAUAUGUGAAAACAUUAGCUGUUAUGUCUAUUGUAGGACAUUUAAUAGGGCUUGGUGAUAGACAUGCUGAAAAUAUUCUUUUCGAUGAGAAAAGUGGUGACUGUGUACAUGUGGAUCUUAAUAUGUUAUUUGGAAAGGGACAAAAGCUGCCAGUUCCAGAGCUUGUUCCUUUCCGUUUAACACAUAACCUUGUUGAUGCUAUGGGCGUUUUAGGUCAUAAGGGACUUUUUCAAAAUAUUUGUGAAGCAACUUAUUCAGUUCUUUUAGAAAAUAAGGAGUCUCUAUUAAGCGUUUUUCGAACUUUUCUAAGUGAAGUAGAUGCCACGACUGUUGUUCAUUCAAAAUCGACACGUUCUACACAGACAUCUAGAGAGGAUUUUUUUACAGAGGUUGAACAAAAGUUUAAUGUACAACCUAGCCAUAUUAAAACAGAAGUCCAAAAUCUUAUCCAGAAAGCUACAGAUACAGCAAACCUGUCUCAAAUGUUUCCUGGAUGGGCACCCUUUGUUUAA